AUGGAGCUGACCCUUCCUAUGUCAGGUGAAGGUGUUUCUUAUUCACUGACUGUGCUGGAUUUCCAGGAUGAAUUUCAGAGUCUUGCCAAUGAUUCUGCUUGCGGCCUUUCAGUAGGACAGAGACCUGAUGACACAAUGGUGGUUGGUGCUGCUUAUGAUGGAUGCUACGUAAGAGAAGAGGAUGGAGAGCACCUAAUGGUCCUGCUUCUGGAAGUCAUUGUGAAUGGGACAGUGGAGCAAUACAAGAUGGAGAAGAAAUGUCCAAUACAGAACGCUAUGGAUGCUCCAAGCCCUGACAUCUGCUCUGCUGUCAGCCAAGAGGACAAACUGGCCUGUGCUGGAACACCUGUAACCAGAGACAUCUGUGAGGCGUUGGGAUGCUGCUACUCCCCAAAUGAUGGCAGAAUGCCUUGUUUCUUUGGCAACAUGUUGACCACUCAGUGCACAGUUGAUAACAGCAUGGUGAUUGCAGUGUCCAAAGAUCUGACCAGGCCAUCCCUGCUUCUGGACUCGGUCUCUGUGAUUGGUGUGGACCCGACCUCUUGUCCUGGGCUGUCAGUAGCUAGAAGUAACUCCUUUGCAGCAUUCAAAUUCCCAUUAUCCUGUAGCAAUGCAGAUCAGGUCCCUGAUGGUCCAAUGAACUAUGAGACUACUAUUGAAGCUCCAAGAACCAUAGAGACAUGGCGGGGUUCUUCUAUCACUCGGGACAGUAUAAUGAGGGUGACUGUGCGCUGCAGGUACACUCAGACCGGCAUUGCACCGCUGGCUGUGACUGUGCAUACCUUGCCACCACCUUCUCCUGUUAGUACAUCUGGCCCCCUCGAGCUGGAGAUGAGGAUUGCACGAGAUCUUGGCUAUGGAGCAUACUAUGCUGAAGAAGAGUAUCCUCUGGUCAGAGUGCUCAGGGAACAUAUAUAUAAUUAA